AUGUCGCGGCCAGAGGACACACUGUCCGCGGACAUCCACUACAAUGACACAGAGGCGCGCAAGUACACUACGUCCUCGAGGAUACAAAAUAUCCAGGCCUCCAUGACCCACCGUGCCCUAGAACUCCUCGACCUCUCCUCACCAUCACUCAUCCUCGAUGUCGGCUGCGGAAGUGGUCUGUCCGGCGAGAUCUUAUCCUCGAUACCCCCAGAAGAAGGCGGACCCCACGUGUGGAUCGGCAUGGACGUAUCUGCGUCCAUGCUGGACAUUGCGCUCCAAAGAGACGUGGAGGGAGACCUCAUGCUCGCAGAUAUAGGGCAGGGUGUGCCUUUCCGAGCAGGAACUUUUGAUGCCGCCGUCAGUAUCAGUGCGAUUCAAUGGCUGUGCAACGCCGAGAGUAGCGAGAUAUCACCUGCAGGACGACUGUCUCGAUUCUUCAACGGACUGUACGCAAGCCUGAAGAGGGGUGGCCGCGCCGUAUGCCAGUUUUACCCCAAGAAUGACGAGCAGAAAAAGAUGAUCACUGGUGCUGCGGUCAAGGCAGGGUUCGGCGCCGGUCUGCUGGAGGACGACCCCGAGACGAAAAAUGUCAAGGUCUAUCUGGUGCUUACGGCCGGCGCAGGCAGCACCAGCGAUAUCACCGGAGUGGUCAAGGGUAUGGACGGUGUGGACGUGUUGGAUCCGCGGAGGAAACGGGAAGCUGGCAAGGGCGAUAUCAAGAAGGGGAGUAAGGCGUGGAUUGUCAAGAAAAAAGAGCAGAUGGAACGCAAGGGGAAGGUGGUCAAGGCGACCUCGAAGUAUACAGGACGAAAACGACGAAUCGCAUUUUAA